CUGCAGGCAGACAGAUUAUGAAGUCUCAUGUCGACUCCACUACUCCACUUUUCCCCUUUCUCGCAUGAAGACGCUCAUGCACUCCACGUGACGCAUGACAUCUGCAUGAGAAUGUAAUGCCAGUUGCACACUAAACCGAAAUCUCUCAGCCAACCUGAAAUUGCCCUGAUUUCUACUCCGUCACUAACGGAUUAAUCGAAUCACAUCAGCGGCAAAUUUGGAAAAGAGAUAACGUUAGAUCACGAUGCCAGUGGUUCUGGUUCUCACGCAUCGCGCAAUGUUGGAAGCCAACUUCUUCACGCAAUGAAUCCUGCUAACCACACCAGGACUUUGACGAACACGGAAAAUUAUCUUUUCGCAGUUGGUACUUACAAACUUCUCGCCUGUACGAUUGGGACGAUUUGCGCACUGGGCUUUUGCAAUAAUGUUCUCGUCAUCGUCCUUUACUGGAAAUUCAAGAGACUCCGGACACCCACGAAUUUGUUACUGGUCAACAUCAGCAUAAGUGAUCUGCUGAUGUGUGUCAUUGGGAUUAACUUUACAUUCGUUUCAUGUAUCAAAAGAAGAUGGAUAUGGAACUCAGCAACGUGUGUUUGGGACGGUUUCAGCAACAGUUUAUUCGGCAUCGUGUCCAUCAUGACUCUCUCCGCCCUGGCGUACGAGCGGUACAUUCGGGUGGUGCACGCCAAGGUUGUUGACUUCCCCUGGGCCUGGCGGGCCAUUACCCACAUCUGGCUGUACUCCAUCGCAUGGACCGGGGCGCCCCUGUUGGGCUGGAACCGCUACACGCUGGAGAUCCACAAGCUGGGCUGCUCGCUGGACUGGGCCUCCAAGGACCCCAACGACGCCUCCUUCAUCCUCCUCUUCCUGCUGGGGUGCUUCUUUGUGCCCGUGGGAAUCAUAGCGUAUUGCUAUGGCAACAUCUUGUACACCGUACACAUGCUCCGCUCCAUCCAGGACCUCCAGACCGUGCAGAUCAUUAAGAUCCUGCGCUACGAGAAGAAAGUGGCCGUCAUGUUCCUGCUCAUGAUCUCCUGCUUCCUGGUGUGCUGGACGCCGUAUGCAGUGGUGUCCAUGAUGGAGGCCUUCAGCAGGAAGGGCGUGGUCUCGCCCACCCUCGCCAUUAUCCCUUCCUUUUUCGCCAAGUCGAGCACCGCCUACAACCCCGUCAUCUACAUCUUCAUGAGCAGAAAGUUUCGCCGGUGCCUGUUGCAGCUGCUCUGCUCUCGUCUGGUCCGUCUCCAGCACGUCAUCAAGGAGCGGCCGCUGGCCAGUGAGGAGCGGCCCAUCCGGCCCAUCGUGGUGUCCCGCAGCCGCCCGGACCGGCCCAAGAAGAGGGUGACCUUCAGCUCGUCCUCCAUAGUCUUCAUCAUCGCCAACGACACACACCCUUUGGACGUCCAGGCCAGGUGCAACAGCAACCCGGAGGUCAACGUCAUCCAGGUGCGUCCGCUGUAAGCUUACCGGCGGGCGCAGUGCACACAGACAAGCACAGCUAUACACACAAAAGCACACAGUUGCUCAUCCACUGUUUGGAGAGAGCACCUUGGACCUCACCCGUGCUCAGCUGGAAACAGCAUGUUAUAACACGUUUAAGGCCAGUUCUAAGUCAGGUAUUUAUUACAUAUCAUUCUACCACAGAGCUGUAGCAUCACUAAAACACCUCGGAGCGUACAGGAGAAAUACCAAAUGUAAAUCUGAGUCCCCUUUCUCCUCUAUCUGGAUCCGAGGGGAUUAUUCUUAUUGUUACGUUAACUCACAUCACAGGAGGGGAAGAGUAUUAAUGAGAUGCUGAAUUACUGAUUGACAAGUGAGAUUAUAUAUUAUCUUAUGCAGCACUUGUGUGGCUGGUGGACAACAAUAUAUGAUGUGACGGAUACGAUAUGUACACAGGAUGGCUGAUGAACAUGAACUUAGUUCUUCAGAACUCUUUAUCAUGUACAGAUCUAAUAAAGAUAACAGAUUUUA